CUCUUGUAACUCUUGCUUUGGAUCUUCCUUCCAACUUCCAUUUCACCAAAUCGAGAUUCCCAAUCUCAGGAUCGAGACAUUGUCACACACACCAAACAUCAAUUAUCCCAAACACACAAACCAAUUCAUCCCAAUGUCAACACCCACCCCCGCCGCAAGCGGCACCGCGACCCCGAUCGUCGAGCUAAACGCCGAGGAAGCUGCGCUAUCCCUCAAGGUCUCCCUCGCCGAUCUGUCCGCCCACGCCGCCGCCCAGUACGCGCAAAAGAACUACGAUGAGGCCGCUGAGCUGUACGCACAAGCCGCCGAGAUGCAGGCCGAGAUGAACGGCGAGAUGAACCCCGACAACGCCGAGAUCCUCUUCCUCUACGGCCGCGCCCUGUUCAAGGUCGGCCAGAGCAAGAGCGACGUUCUUGGUGGCCGCGCGCCCGAGCCCAAACCCGAGAAGAAGGCGGCCAAGUCCAAGAAGCAAAAGAAGGCCGCCACAGAAGAGAAAGAAGCGGGUUCAUCAUCCUUGAUCAAGGACGCGGUAGAGCAGGCGACUAAGGGCGCGCAAGCUUCCAUCGCCGAGGCGGCCAGGGAGGUUGCCCACAAGGAUGAGCCCAAUCCGGAGAAGAAGCCCCUCUUCCACUUUGAGGGCGACGAGAACUUUGACGACUCGGAUAAGGAGGAGGAGGACGACGACGAAGAUGCCGAGGAGGGCGAGGAAGAAGACGAAGACGACGAUGAUCUCGCCGUGGCGUUCCAGGUCCUCGACCUUGCGCGUGUCCUCUUUGAGAAGAAGCUCGCGACACUAGAAGCCGAGCAAAAGACCCAAGAAGAAGGCAAGGGCAAGGAGAAGGAAAGCGACGAGGCUGCCACCACUACUGAGGCGUCGCCUCUGAUCAAGCACAUCAAGGAGCGCUUAGGCGAUCUGCAUGACCUCUUGGCCGAGAUCUCGCUCGAGAACGAGAGAUACCCAGCAGCCAUAACCGAUUCCCGCGCCUCCCUCAAAUACAAACAACAGCUCUACACCCAAGACUCUGAAAUCAUUGCCGAAGCACACUUCAAGCUCUCCCUCGCUCUCGAAUUCGCCUCCGUCACCAAGUCUUCCGACGACGACUCCGCCGUCCCCUCAGAAAAAGCCAGCGCGGGUGGUGCAGGCGUGGUAGACCAAGCCCUCCGCGACGAAGCCGCCGCCGAGCUCGAAGCCGCCAUCGCCUCCACCAAGCUCAAGCUGCAGAACAAAGAAGUAGAGCUGGCCAGCACGCACAACCCCGAGGACAACGACGCGACGCGCCGGCAGAUUGCCGACGUGAAGGAGGUGAUUUCGGAUAUGGAGCAGAGGCUGGUGGAUCUGAGGAAGCCGCCUAUUGAUAUCAAUGAGGCGUUGGGAAUCGCUGCGCCUGUCUCUGGAACUAAGGGCGAGAGUUCGUUGAAGGUCGCUGAGGAGGUCAAGGAGAAGGCGAAUGACUUGACGGGGUUGGUCAAGAAGAAGAGAAAGGCUGAGAGUGAGGCUGCGCCGGCCGAGGAGGGUGCUCCAGAGGCCAAGAAGGUGAAGGAAGAGUGAAUGAGUCAAGAUGGGUCAGAGGGUGUUGUUCUAGGUACGAGUAAUUGUAUGGCCAUGGAAUUGCAUGGACUUUGGGAAAAUUGGGCAAAUGGAGUUCAUGUAGGAGUUCAGUCACUCAGUCAGGAUCAGGCUUGUAAUGUUCACUUCUUUCUUCUCUUUUCAAACGCGCGCGCUUCUUGAAGCAUCAAAUAAUCAUACUCAUCCUCCGUCAUCUCACUCUCCCUCCGCCGGUGAAUAACAGGCGAACCGCUAUGGCACUCGGAAAACGCUCUGCCUAUUUUUUCUGGGAUCGACAACGUCGAUAUCGAACACUUUUCUCCAAACUAAACCAUGUGUCAGAAGACAACAGUUCUUGUGGCGCGC